AUGGAUGUUUGCUGGCUAGCCAGCUGGGUUGAAGUUUGGUGGUUUGGUUUGCAUCACCGCUUUGAGGUUUUUGCACGUAGUCACUGCACCAUGGACGAGCACGAGCCAGAUGAAAUUCGCAGCUGGUCGGGCGAUUUCGACCCCUUGGCUGAUAAUGCCGAGCGCCGUGUGCUCUUUGCUGCAUUUGAUUCUUUUAGGCAAUAUCGAAGAACGGCGCACAUGAACACAACUCACCGUCGUCGUCAGGCAUUCUAUGCCCUACCAUCUGCCCACUGGCAGAUGUUGUCUGAGCCGCCAUUCUCCAUCCUCGACAACUUCAACCGCGUGGAUGACGCCAUUGACGUGAACGCCGACAUCGCAGAUGCCAUCCUGACCACCGGUCUCUCGUCGUUCGGGCUAUCAGCGAACCCUGACCCCAACGAUCCGCGUGAGAACUGGCACGGGACGGCCACUCAAUCCGAUGUCAACAAGGCGCACUCCACCCUGAGACAGUUCUACCGGGACUGGAGUCAAGAAGGCCAAGCAGAGCGAGACGUCUGCUACGGCCCUGUGCUGUCCGACUUGCAGAACGAGUUCGGCGCACGGAUGGGCUCCGAAGACGAGGACGAAGUCAGGGUGUUGGUUCCUGGCGCCGGUCUGGGGAGACUGGUGUUUGAGAUCUGUCGGCAAGGCUUCGCCGCGGAAGGAAACGAGAUCUCCUAUCACCAGUUGCUGGCGAGCAGCUGGAUUCUGAAUCACACGCUCGGCCCUCAGAAACACGCACUGCAUCCCUUUGCGCUGCAUUUCUCGAACCUCCUGUCCCGGGAGCAGCAACUGCAGGAGGUCAUGAUCCCCGAUCAGCAUCCGGGUACGGCUAUGGUGGAAGCCCAGGCGAAUUCGGCGCCAUUUGGGCGCAUGAGCAUGUCGGCGGCCGACUUUACUGUGUUGUACACCAACCCCAGCAAUAAAGAGGUGUUUGAUGCCGUGGCGACAGUGUUCUUCAUCGACACGGCGCCGAAUCUCAUCCGGUAUAUCGAGGCGAUCCGACACUGCCUCAAGCCCAACGGCCUCUGGAUCAACGUGGGACCGUUAUUGUGGCAUUUCGAGGACGGCAGCAACCGCAGUCAGCACGGAGGCAGUGAGGAGGGUCAGGGUGACCAGGGGAUUGGGGAGCCCGGGAAUGUGGAGCUGACGGAGGCAGAAGUGUUUUGCCUCGUGGAGCGAAUGGGCUUUGCGAUCGAGAAGCGCGAGGCGCCGCACGAGCGACCCAUGUGUGGAUAUAUCCAGGACCCGAACAGUAUGUUGCAGCCAUUGUAUCGGCCGUCGCAUUGGGUAGCACGGAAACAAAAUGUAUAA